UCAGACCUAGGCGUAUAUAGACUGGGGGGACGUGAAAGCCUCAAUUCAUUUCCAUCCGGAGAGGGAGGCCGUGUGGAGGAAUUCGUCAGUCAGUGCUUGUUCUGCGUUCGACAGUCACACACACACAAACCAGCAUCAUGGAUGAUGAACAAAUUGCCACUAUGAGGAAAGUUUUCCAGAUGUUCGACCAGGGAAAGACUGGCUUCGUGGAAUGCGCCAAAUUUGUCAACAUCCUGAACACUCUCGGCCAGACCUUUGACGAGGACGAGCUCAAGGCCAGGAUCGCCGAGAAUGACCCUGAUAAGGAAGGCAAAGUGGACUUCGACAGGUUCUGCUCCAUCGUCAUGCCCUUCCUGGAGGAGGACGACGACGAAGCCAUGCACGAGGAACUGAAGGAGGCGUUCAGACUGUACGACAAGGGCGGCGACGGUUUCAUCACCACCAGCGUCCUUCGUGAGAUCCUCAAAGAACUGGACAACAAACUCACCGAGGACGAUUUGGACGGCAUCAUUGAUGAAAUUGAUGAGGAUGGCUCAGGGACCGUCGACUUCGAUGAGUUCAUGGAGAUGAUGACCGGGGAAUAAAACCUGACCUCAUCUGACCUGACCACAUCCGUUUCUCGUCUAAUCUUACAUGACCUCAGCGCCUCUGAUGCUAACAAUCAGCACCAUAUGUCAUAUCUUCUAGUUGAUUUUCAAAGCAAUAAUUUUAUAACGAAAACAAAAUCUGUGUUUAUUCUCCUUUUUAUAAUAUAAAUGUGUUACUGUGUACCCACAUCACACUAAUGGGAAAUUCCUAUCACUCAUUAGCCUAAAAAAAAUGCAAUUUACAUACCACUUUACAUGUUGUUUGUGAUCAAAAUAUAUUACACUAUUGAAAAAUGCUAUCCAUACUGAUUUUCCUGAACAUAUGUCCAUACUCUAAUAAAGAUUAAGAGGUUUUCAGUUAAUGUCAGUAAUAAUUAGAAUACAUGAAGUAAACCCAAAAGUUUAGAUAUAUAUUGGGGUACUUUCUGUUUUAAUUAAUCACACAUUGAUAACUUGACAAUGUCCAACUUAAAAAGUUCAGUAACAAAGUAAAAAAGUUCAGAGAAUUAUCAAAAAUAUCUUAGGUGGUGCAACAGGGUUUUGAAACCUCGUUCAUCGAACAAGACAAUCAUUUUUAUUACCAAGUAAUUGGUGAACUCAGGACCAUAAAUAUAUUCUAUACUUCAGAAAAGAGAUUUGUUUUCCAAUGUUUUUCUAGCUCUACCUAUUCAAACAAGUACAACUCACUGUCAACUGCAACUUUUAUAAUUUGACUGAAGCUUUAUUGCCCGGCUUAGCUGUGGACUUGGGAAAAAAAUUAGAGAUUUCUUUUCAAUGUAUGCAAAAGAGGUAGUCUUAAGUUUAAUGAGCUACACUGAACAAGAAUCUGAGAAUAAGCCAAAUAUUGCAAGGACGUAUCACACAAAUGGCAAUCACUUUUCCAUUUGCUGUUUAAAAGCAAAUAUUACAAGCAAGUGUUGACAUGCAAUGAAUGACUAGUCUUGCACUGAAUGUCUGAAAUCUUACAUUAGAGUGCACAUAUGCUUGUGUGUGUAUGUAGGUACUAUCAUAUUAAGAGGGUUAUUAAAAUGGAAUCUGACAGGAGAAUAAUCUUAAUUAGGAUUUAAAAAGAAGCAAACUGAGUCGACUUCCUUUUCCUUUUUUAUUGCAAAAAAAGGGACUAAACACCUGAGAUGCAACAUCCAAUUGAAACUUGAAAUGCUUCAUUUACAGACAGACUGUACUUUGUUGCAUCAAUUCAAACUCCUUCAAUGAUAAGAAAGUCUCAUCAAAAGCAGACCUUCUUGUUCCUGGAAUGUGUAAUUAUACUCUCAAUCAUCUUAGAUAUAUCAUAACACUAUUACCAGGUCACAAAUUAAUACACCAACUCAGUGUUAAACUCACAUCUACAAGAGGGUAUUAAUAAAGAUCAAUUUAUGUUU